CCCCUCUGGCCAGGCGGAGGAGAGGAGUUGUAACAACCCCCAAUCCGAGGCACGACGGAAACGCAACUUUUUCCCUCACAACCUCCGGGUGCCCUUAGAGGAGUAGGAGUAGUCCGAAGAAACCCCCCUGCUGACGAGAGCGCCCUUCGUCGGGGCGGACGGACGGAAGGAACGAGACCAGCGAACGUUGUAUCGAUAUAGUUUCGAAUCGCUUCCUGGAUAAAAUCUUUCAUUCUGUGGAAUAUUGUCACAAGCCAAAUUAGCACUGAUGUCUCUUGUUCAGUGUUCCUGACGACUUGUUUGGCCCAGUCCACGUACAGUCAAGGAAUGCUUUGAGGGACAGGAUGAAGCCAGGUGGGCUGUGCUCCCCAUCUGAUGGGAGCAGCUCGCCUUCUGGAGAUGAAAUCAGCAGUGUGUCUGUUGCCUGUAAGACACUUGGCGGCAGCAGUCAGUUCCCAGAUGCCUCAACUUCUGAAGACAGUCCAGCCUGCCUCACCCCUGACCUCAUCGAAGAUCGCCACCAAGGGGCCAAGCCAAACAGUAGCAUUGCCAAUGGCUACAUUUGUAAUGAUGUGACUAAUGGUUUGUGCGGAACGCUGUACGAUACGAGCAAAGACAUCGAUGUUCCUCGCCACGUGUUGUCUCCACCUUGCAGCGAGGAUGGAGAAGAUGGGGCAUCUCGAUCGCGCACAAUAUCAGUGGGAGGUGUGGCCUCAAAGGGCUCUGAUCCAUCUACGUUGUAUCAAGGUAGAUGUAAAACUCCAGAGUCUCUUGAGGGAAGGUCUCCUGCUGCCCCUUCCAACAAAGCAAAAUCACUGCCUCCUCAACUAUCUGGUAAAUCUAUAGAAGAAUCGCCAGCGGGGACCUCGGAACAUUCACAUUUUUCAGUGUAUAAUGAAUCUGUUGAUCAAGUAUCUGCCGGUAGUAACAGUAGUAAGGUAACUUCGUGUUCAGAUCCUCUGCCAGCUCCCCAUAAUGUUAAAAGCCCAAAGUAUAGGAGAAAAUGUUCUCUCGAAGAAAUGGUAGCUAAGCUCCACAACCGAUCAGAGCCUAACAUCCAGGCUGGCUCAAUUGCUCUGCAAGCAUUUUCACCCACGAGGACCAACCCAGCUCCCAAGGAAGAGGUUGCCAGUUGUUUUACGAAGACAGAGGGUGAUGAUGAGCCAUCCUUGAUGUUACACAGUGAACACAGGCAAUUGAUACCAUGUGAUAAUCCUAACACUGCCACACGUGAUGCUCAUCUGCUGAGAGAUUCUUCCACAAAGGAGGUUCUUCCUCUAUGUAAUUCUGAGGAACCAACAAAAGCUUGUGAUGAGCUUUGUGUGUAUAACAUAAACUCUUCAGGAGAACUGUGUGAAAGAACCUCUGGAAGCAGCGGGUCCUCUGCAGAAAAAGAGGACCUAGAUCCCAGUCAAAGUAUGUUGAGUGAAGGAGAUAUUCCUUGUGAAAGUAAUACCUCUAAAAAGCAUUUAGAUGUCAGCUCAACUCUUGAUGGUGGAAGCAGUUUAAAGGCUGUGGUAAAUAGUGAUUUGACAGACACAAGGACCAGUUUGAAUGAUAGGACGAGUGCAAGUUUUUGUGUUUCAAAUGAAAAAGUUUUUAAUAUUUCUAAAGAUGCUCAAAGUGAUGUGCUUGUAGAUGUUUCUAGGACUACUAGUGAAAAAGAUACCAUUGAAAAAGAUGCCAAAUUUGAGUUAGAACAGAAAAGUUGUUGUUCACCCAAAUCUGAGUCUAGCAGUAUUAAUAUAAUGCCGAAAACCACUUCAGUUGAAGCAAUAGAAAGAAAAGACAGUGACGAAAUUGAGGUUUUAACUUCUCGUGAAACAAGUGUUGAAAAUGAGGUUAUAAACUUGGUUGAUGAUGACACUGGGGAUAGUGGAAGUGACGUUGAAAUUUUAUAUGAAAAACGGAGGCAUGUUGGUAUGGAGACAGCAGCAUCGGCCUGUCCUAAAGGACUAAGAAAGGGUGACACUGGGAAAAGGGAGAGUGCUAGGAAGUCGUCUCUUAGCGGUAGUGGUUAUGGAAAUGGACAGUACCUUGAACCUAUCUCUGAUGAAGAGAAUUCUCUGAUUUGUGCCCCAUCCCCACCAUCUGAGCUUUCUUCUGCCUCAGGGUUUCCAAGCAGUUCUGACACCCCUCUCUUUUCAGACACACCAUCAGAUGCCUCAAGGGGAGCCAUCAUGGUGAAGAUAUCUGAUGCUGUAGCAGCAAUUUUGUCAGAUGUCUCCGAUGACAGUUUACCACCAUCUCCAGAAGAGAGCAGUACCCAAAAUUCUUUUUCCAAUUUACUACCAAAACUUCUAGCAAUGAAUGACAAGUGCUCUGGAUCUCCUGUAGAUAGUGUUGUAGGUGAGAGAAGCCUGAAUAACGAGGAUGAUGAAAAGAUUAGCAGAGAUUCUGAAACAGUAAAGGAUGAAGUUUCUUGUGGAAAGGUUACAUUUGGAGAUGUGUGUGUUGCACAGUCUGAUGAGAAAAAGUGUGAAAGUGGUGACCUCAUGCAAAUGUCAUUGACAGUUGAUAGUUCUUGUAAAGAGAGAUCUAUUGGGUCUCCUAAAAAGGUUGAUGUUGAUCUGCCAAGUUCGUUGACUAAUGAGAUUGACAGUAAUCUUACUGAACUCAAUCAGACUAAAUCUAUAGAUAUGUCUUUAGAUCUCAGCGCAUCGCAUGAACAGAAAGCGAACGUUGGUUUGCCGUCCUCAAGCACCAGUGAAGCUUUAGAGUCUGCAGAUACCAAUUCAAGAGUAUCCUCAGUCGGGUCAGGUCAUUCAGGGCCUUCACAGUUGGUUAAGUCCUUAGUUGAUAGGUUGCCGUGUCGUUCUUGUUCUAUGCACAGUACACCUUUGUUGAGUAAUGAUCCUUGCAAUACUAACUCAUUAUGCCAAAAGCCUACCUCAGGAACCCCUUGUUUGUCUAGUCAACCAAAUAAUUGCAAUAGAUUAAGAAGUGGAUGUAGGGAGUGUGUGCCAGGCUUAGGUGGUAAAAAUAUCAGUCAGGAUUCACUUACAGGUUGUAUGUCUGUCGAUAAUUUGCAAUUGGAAAUCCAUCACAAGGAUGAACCAACCACAUUGAGAGAGUCUGAUGAGCCAUUAGUUGAAUCAGUGUCUGAUUUAGCAAAUGAGAUCAAAAAGACUGAAACUAGUGAAACUUCCCAUGGGAACAUCCUAACUCCUUCUGUUCCAGAUCGAUUUGAGGAAUCGGUAACUUCCCAGACUACAGUGACUCAGCCAUUAAGUACUCCCAAAGAUGAAAUUAAAACUGCCUCAGUGUUGGAGACUGAUAAAGUUAGAGCAGAAGCGGGCACAUCUGCUACGUACUGUGAUGUGAUUGGCAAAAUCAUUGUCCCUUCUACUUCCUCUGAGGACAGUGAAGAUAAAGGUUCUGCACAACCUCCACAGGAGUCUGUUCUUGUGUCCUCGGCUCCAGAAGCUGUACUAGCGUGCAAAAAUUUGUCUAGUGACUUGUGGGACAAUAAUGGUAAACUAGGUGUUCAUUCUAAGCCUACAGAGGAACCUCAAACUACUACUGUAUCAGUGGAAUGCACCGAAGGGUCUAUGAAUCCGGCCAGUACCAGUUUAGCAGUUCAUAAAGAUGUUGAUUUGUCAUCUAAUGUUGCCUUCUAUGAAGGCAGGAGUAAUUUUCUCAGUUCCAGUGUUGAUGAAGGUUCAUCUCUUUUAGGCAAAUCAACAGCAGUAGAAGAGGAGUUGCCUUUGGAAACUCAGGAUAGUUCCAUUGUGGAUUCAUUGCCAGAAAUAAGUGAUGAUAAUUUUACUAUACCGAUACGGCUUUCCAGCGACAGCAAGCUUGAAAGUGACCACUUGUUGUCAAGUGAUUUGACCACAGGACAUGUUAGUGACAUUGAAAGUUUGUCACAAUUGACUAACCUUGAUCAUAAAAACCAAACUUCAAUAGGCAUUGUUAGUUGUAAUGACUCCGUCAGUACAGGAAGCCAAAGUUUAAUCAGUGAAGUUGAAAGUAUGAUGCAAAUUGCAUGUAGUGAAGGUAACACAGCACUUGCUACAAAGUCAGGAAGCAAUUUGGAAUUAGUUUUUAGUCAUGAUAAGAACUAUAAAGUUCCACCAUUCAUUACUGAGACAGCUAUACCUAAUACAUCAUUGCACUCUGCUGUAAGUGAGGAAGAAAAAUGUACCUCUUCAAAUACAGUUAUUGAAAAUCAUUCUGUAGAAGCUUUACUUUUGAUCCCAGAAGACCUUGAAAAUGACAGCUGUCAGAAAAGCAGUGUUCCAGAUGAUAAUCAUACUGAGAACAAGAUUGAAGAUCUGGUUUUACCAUCGACACUAAAGACAUCUAGUAGUCAAGAACCACAGUUAUGUCAGCCACUGAAUGAAGACCCAUCAGAUGAAGUCAUUCCUGUGAGUAAAGCCCAUGAAAAUCAAAGUCCAGUUAUUUCAGCCACACCACAAGACAGCAGUACCAGAGUUCUUACCGAAGUGUUUGCCGAAAAGACAGAACCGGCUAAUGUAACAAACCUGUUGGCAAAUUUGGAGGAUGAACUUCCUUCAGGCGAUCAGAGUUUGAUAUUUAAACCUGAAGAAGAAAAGUCUGAAUCCUUGCUGACUGUAGAAUCUAGAUUAGAUGAAAAUGAUUUAGAAAAAGUAUGUAAAGAGUUAGAUGAAGGUGUAAAGGUGGUUGAUAAUAACACCAUGAAAGAGGCUGUACAUUCUUUUGUUCGUGAAGUCCCAAUUAAUGUUGCUUACACAUCACCCAAAAAUUCUGUGCAGGAUGAGUCUAUUAGUGGUAUUCAAGUGAGAAAAGUGCCUCUGAAUUUCACACCCAUAGUAAUGCUAGAAGAGGAAAAAGCAGAAUGUUUGGAUAACUGUUCAUUUAAUAGUAAAACUUCACCAAAGGCAGGUAUUGCCAGUCCGAAGAAUGAUGGGAUGUGCAAUGAUCAACAGUCAUCAGAAUCUGUACCUGAAGCCUCAUGUGAAACAGAAUCUACAAAAAUAUUCUCUGAUUGUGCAAAAACAGACACAAUUGCUGGAGUCCUUGAGAGGCUAGUUGAUCCCCUUGAGAACAGAUUUCCUAUCAGAACUAGUGACUUACAAGUAACAGAGUCAGUUGCGCUUGCAGUUCCAGUAAAACCUGACGAAACCCAAGUAUUUGAGGAUUCUGUAAUUACUGACUCAGGAUUAGUACCUGACAUAGAUGUAAAAGGUCUUGGUGGUGUGAAGAUCCCUGAAGAAGUUGUUGCAGAAAAAAUCAUGGCACUUGUCGAUUCAACUGAUGUUCCAGCAAUUAGAUGUCCUGAUGCAGCAGCAAAAGUGAAUAUUGCUUGUGAGUUACAUGAAAUCCCCAAAGAGACUGAAAUGGCUGACAAAGGAAAUGAAACCGAAUCAGACUCUACUACUUCACCUGUUCUAGCUGGAUCAUGUCAGGCAGAUGUUUUAUGUCCUGUAAUCCCUGAAACAGAGAAUAAUUUUAUGAUUGAUACCAGAUUACAGUUGGAACCAGGAUGUUCAACAGCUUCGCUGACUGAAGCAGUACCUGAAAAAGAAGAUGUUACAAAAAGCAGUUUAGGAAUUAAAGUAUCUGACAAAUCAAAUUUAACCUUUUCUGAAUCGGAUAGUGAUGUCUUUUCUAACAAAGUUGCAUUGGAUCCAAAUGCUACUAAAUUACCUAUGGAAGUGAAAGUGUCAGAGUCAUCCAUCACAACGCUUACCAGUAGAGUAAGUGAUCCUAUUCUGUCAGAGAGAGUGAAAGAAAGUGCACCUUCCACCAUUACUGACAGCAUGGCCACACCUCUGCCAGAAACUAUGCAUGAACCUGAUGAAACAGAAAUUUUAGGUACAGAUUUUAUUGGAGAAAACCCUAAUGAAAGAGUUGUUUCAGAAGAUACUCUUGAAAAUGAAACCCUUACUAAAGGUGCUGCAGUUGAAGGAAAAUUGGAUACUGUCAACAGGGAAAUAAAUGACAUAAAAGGGAGUGCUAAACUUUCUGAAGAGUCCAGUAAAAUUGAAGAGCAACAAGAAACUGAUGUAACUCAACCAUCGGCAGUACCAGAUUUCCCUUGUAAAAAUUCCUUAGAUGAAUCUUCUCAUGAGCAUUUGAAGACGGAAACAUCGUGCAAUACCUUAAUUUCCCCACUAGAGUUGGACAAUACCAAAAUAUCAAGUGAAACCUCUGACCAGUUUCUCCCUGUAAAGACUUCUGAUGACUUUGGCAUAACAGAUACAGACUGUGUCGGAAAGGAUGUCCAAAGUGAAAACAGUGUUACAGAAUCUAAUGUAGAAACUGUGUUGACUGAAGUGCAUUGUAAAACCUUGGAGGAAGCUGUCAGAAGUAAAGUAUUAUAUGAAACAGCUUUUGAGACCACUUCAACUCCAAGUGAAACACAGAAGGUAGAAAUCUCAGAGAAAACAAGAGACAAUGUGGAUAAAACAGAGGUUAACUCUUUCAUUGCAAAACAGCCUGGGGAUGAUGUGACAAAGAAGUCAAUGGUGUCUCUUCAUGCUGGAGUGUCUUUUUAUUCCAGUUUGAGCAGAACGUCAGCAGAGUCAGACAUAGUAAACAAAUUAGAUGAAUAUGUUUCAAUGGUUGUAGAGGCAGUUUUGCCAGAUAAUGCAAAAGAAACUGAUUCAGCUCCGCUUCCAACAGAUUCUGUAAAGGCAAGCACCUCAGUGGAGCCUGCCACUGUAGAAGAGCAGUUUGAAAAGGGGCCAGGAGUAACAGGAGAGCUUUUUGAAUCUGGGAUUAUUGCUGAAAAAGUAGUAAAUGAAGGUAGAGAUGCAUCAGUAGAGAGAACUUUAGUCGGUGAGAAUGAUGUUACCAAAGUAACAUUAGAUUCUAGCCCAACUGAGACAUCCGUUGUGACAAGUGCUGAUAAAUCAAUAGACUCUCACCAAAGCAAAUCUCUGUUUGAAACCAAAAUGGCAAAAGAGGUAGAUCCAAUUUUGAUGGAAAGUACUGUCAGCAAAGCUUCUGAUUUGAAUGUGCCUGAACCAGCUGAUGUUGAAUUAGAUAAAGUGUGUGGAAAAUCUUUAGACAAAAUAUCACUAGAACCCAAUGCUGUAAUAUCAGAGACAGCUGAUUCAUUACCCCUUCAUGACAACUCGAGCACUCUGGUAGACUUAACUGUGAAUGAGGCCUCUGUUAGAAUUGAAACUGACGAUUGUGAAUUAACACCGUUAUCUUCCCAGAGUAAAACUCUGCUUAAAGCUCCUGGUAUUUCAGCAACUGAAACUCCCGUAAGUGAAGAAUUCAAAUUGGAUGAAAAAUUGUGCGAUGUGAUCAACAAAACACCAGAAUCAAGUGAAAGUGAAACCCCAUGUGAGAUGCAUGAAACACCAAAGUUGACGGUAGAUCCACAAGUACCUGUCAGUGCUGUUGAGCCUGAGGAAUCACAGGAGUCUGCACUAACUAGUAUUAAGGCUUUUGAAAUUGACAAAAUUAGACAGUCAGCAAAAUCCAGAGAACCUCUAGAAACUGAGCAUAUUCAGGAAUCAACCUUUGGAAACAGUUUCAGAGUUGAUGAAAAACAGGAGUUGGUAACACCUGAAAAUACCAUUGAACCUGACCACUUUUUGGAAUUUAAUGAAAUAUUGGAAUCCACAACCAAGAUACAGGAAAGCUUUGUAACAGAUGUACAGGAAACGUCAAAAGAUUCUGAGAGUAGCAGUAAAGUGGCAUCAUCAACUGAAAACUUUGAGAGUGGUAUAACAACAGAGUCACUAGCAACCAAAGUACCUCCUGAGAGUGAUGAUUUAAGGCAGAUGAGAGUGACUGGAGAUUGUCCUAAAAGUGUAGACUCAGCAGACUGCUUAGCAUUAUUAGAUAGUGCAGUCGGUUGUUCCAUUCAAAGAAUUUUACCAGCAGCAGAAGAACUUCUUGAAACUGGUGAAGUGGGAGACCUGCCUAUGAAUGAAGGGAAAGCACCACUGACUGACACAGAAACAACAGAAUCAGAUUUGCCUGAAAAGCCCUCUGAAAUGAAUGCAAGAUUAGAGUUGGAGGUAACUGAAAAUCCCUGUGGUAUGGAUGAUGCUCAUACUUUAAUUGGCAAACCAAGUGAAAACAGUAAAACAGCAGACUCAAUAGGAUCCGAAGGUCUUGAAACAGGUGAAACACAAGAUUCAUCAGUUACAAACAUGACCGAAGUAGAAGGGUCAACAGAGGCAGCAAUAAAGGAAACUGUGUUUGAGACUGAAGAAAUAGUUGAAUCUUUAAUGACAGAAAAACCAUCUAAAACAGAUGAAUCAGUAAAAUUUUUAAUGGAGUCUGCUGAAACCACUCGGAAUCUUGAAGUUGAUAACACUGCAGAGUUAGCCUUGACUGAAGAAUGUGAAAUUGAAGAGGGAGUACAGUCAGUAUGUGCUGGGAUUGAAGAGAAAAUGCAGACAGUCGGGGAUGAAAAAAUAAGUGAAACUGAAGACGCCGUUGGAUUGGUGAUCAAGAAGGAUUUGUACGAACCCGAUAAUACACACGACUCGCUAUCCAAAGGCAGAGAGUUAUUUGACUCAGAUUUGACAAUAGACUCAGCAGUGACAGAAAACCCUCAGGAAAUUUGUGACACAACAUUAAUUGAAGAAGAAAUUGUGAAAGUUAAUGAAGACGAAAAAUUUGGUACAGACACAGAUAAAAAGGCUGAGUCAGGAUUAGCAAUGACAUUCCCAAGUGUAGAGGCAGCAGAAGUAUCAAUGCUUGACAAACUUCAUUCAGACAUAGAGAAUGCACAGACAGUAAUUCCAGAUAAAUUGCCUGGGACUGAAAUGACAGAAGUUCCAUCAGGUAAUGUUAAUUUAGAUAGCGAGUUGCACUGUGAUUCCGUAGAUACUAUAAGUGAUCAAGUCUUACAGGGUAUUGAUGGGGAAACGAAUCUGUCUCAGGAUCAUGACAAUACUGAACAGGGAGAAUUGUCUGCUCAGGAAUCCAAAGGAAAUGAAAAUUCAGAAACAGAUUUUUUUAACUCACUUCAAGACCCUAUUUCAAGUCCUUGUGAGGAUGUUAAUUGGUCAAAGAAGAGUCUUUCAAAAGAGGAUGUGUGUUUGGAAACCAAUAAACAGAUGGAAAAUGCAGUACUUGAAGAGACUAAUGUGGAUUCCAUUCUUGGUGUUGAAAGCCAGUAUUUGAAAAAAGAUGAAGAGAAGUUGUCCCAUUCUGAUGUCAAAAUCAAUAAUAAAUAUUUGGGUGGUGCUAAUGACUUUGCUAAAACAUCAGAGUUCACUGAAAGUAUGAGUUCUCUAGCUAGUCUGUCAGAUGUUGUCAAAGAGGGAGAAUCAACAGCUUCCUCCAACACUGCUGAUGAAUGCCUUCCUCCUGAUGACUUUUCUAUACAAAGUACUCCACAGAAAUUGGUGCCAGAUUCAAUAGGUAAAGUCAUUUCAGAUCCAGAAGUCAUGUAUAGCCAGGCUUGUACACUCAUUGACUUUGAUAGUCAUCUUUCUGGUUAUGUUAAUGCAGAAAAACAACUACCACCUAAAAGCACUGACAAGCCAGGGUCAUCCUUAGAAAUGGCUGAUGCAGUUGUAUUAUCUGAAGAAAAAGUUGGUGGUUCUGAGCAAUCAGGAGACCAUAGUCACAGCAUAACAGAAAACAUUGAAGAUGCUGAUGAAUUGAGUACUUUUGAUUGUGGAGAAUUACAAAGUAGUAUCAGCAUUGAGAACACUCGGGAACUACAUGCUGUUGAUGCUGGAGAAGUGAGUACUGAAAACAGUGAGAGUAUUCAGCAGAAAAAUCAUGAGCAGUUGAAUAAGGAAAGGUAUGAAGAUGGAAGGCACAGUGUUAUAGGAAUGGAGAUGAUUCCUUACAAAAGCCCCUCAAGAUUCUUAGAGAAUAUUGUUAGAAAUUAUUCUUUUCAUGAGGGUGAAAUCUCUCUCCUUGACGUUAGUGAUGAUGCUAAAGAUGAAACACUUUUAAACAGAUUUGAUAGUGACAAGCUGAAAUCCUCUGUUAUCAGUGUGGAAGACGUAGCUUCAUGUCACAGUAUUCCAGAUGAAAUGCAAGUGGACUCAAAAAACUGCUCAAUAGAAAACUGGGUAGAAUUUGCACAGUGUUCUGGAGACAAGGGUAGCAAUGUCAAGUGCCCAAGUGAAGUCAAAGUGGAUGCUGAAACAUAUCGCAUUGAUGUGUCCUUGUCUCUGAGACAGGAUAGUGCACCCUGUAGCGAGAAUAUCCCAGAAGUACCCAUAGUAAACAAGGACAGUGAUGGUGUUAGUUUAGCUUUAAUGGACAGCAAGAAAGAAAAUUUACUUCAGAAGGAUCAGUCUGAAUCUCUGGUGACGACAGAUGAAUUGAUAGAUGGCUGUCCUAAGGAUGAUAGUGCUCCUUUUUCACAUACUGAAGUUGAACAUGCCCCACAGUUACCUUAUGCAGUUGAACACCAGAUAGAGCUUUCCAUUACCAAAGAAACUGUUGAACAUCUUUCUUUAGAUUUGAAGGGUCCUGAUGUUAAAAGUAGUUUACAAACUCCCUCUGACCCUAAAAACAAUCAACCUAGUCACGAUCACACACAGACUUCUGUUGAUCAUAGCUGCACCUCACCUGGUCAGGAAAUAAGUACCUCACUGGGUCAGGAAACAAAGUACUUUGCCACUCAGUUGAACUUGAAUAAGGCUGAAAGUUUGGAAGGGGAAGGUUCUAAAUCUCUGGAAGAGAAGAGUCUUGGUUCUACUCCUCAAGUCCCAUGUGUAGCUGAAUCAGAAGAUGAAUCUCUUGUGGUAGCUAACAUAGAAAGCCACCUCGUUGAAGUAUGUAGUCCUGUAAAUAAGUCUGUUGAAAAUGAAACUUAUCACUUUGGAAUAUCCAAUGCAGCCAGUGCAAAGGAGACACUAAGUGACAAGGAAGGUGAAAACAUUGAAAAAUCCUUAGAUUGUAGUAAAAGUAACUCCGAAACAGCUAAUGUUGUUGGUAAAGAUUAUUCUACACAGAUUGUUGAACCAGAAGGAAAGGAAUGUAUGCCUAGAGUAGGAAACAAUCAGUUUGUUUCUGAAGAUAUUAAUACAAAAAUAAAUUCCUCUGUUAUUGAAGCUAGUCACACAUUGUCUGAGCCAGAUGAGACACAUUUUGAUUCAGUUCCAGGUUCACCUAAUGAGAAUGUUUUGGAAUUAGAUAACACUGCAACUGAGAAUGUUGACCUCAGUAAAGAUGUUGGUGAGAGUUCUAUUUCACCAUCAAAAGCCCAAAGCAGUAACAGUGACACUCCAACUCAAAAUGUAGGCGAUGAGUCCUCUUGUAUGGUAUCUGAUGGUGCUUUGUCAGUCUUACCAACUAGUCACGAAACUCCAUCAGUAGUUCCUCAGCAAUCAAGCACUUUUCCUGAUGUUGAGUCAGCUUUGUCUGAAGAAUGUGCUUCACCAAAACAAGUUGAGGGGUCUGGAAAGAAUGUGUUUUCUUUGGAUUCUGUUAUAGACCUUAAGUCUUCUUCAGCUGAGUGUGUAGAGGAAAACAGCAAGUCUGAUGUCAAUGAUUUCCCAGAAUUACCUGUUACCUCUAAAGAUCAUCAGACGUUUCCAGAGGAUACAAACAUUCCUAAAGUGUCAGUUGAGUUUUCCUGUGUUCAAAAGACAGUGGCACCCCUUUCUGCAGGAGACUUUUGUUCAAAAGACAACGGAGAUGCUUCAUCCAAAGCAAAAGACUUUGACAGUGAACUGAUUACUGAACCUCCCAAGUCUGUUUCUGAUGAAAUGCUUUGUUCUCUAGCUUUAAUCCCUGUUGAAAGAAAAAUUGAAGUUGAAUCUGCUGUUCAAAGAGCAUGCCAAAGAAGUUGCUUUUCUGCUAGCAAUUCGGAAAAAAUUGAUCAACAAGAAAUCACUGUUUGUUUUGAAGUCCCAGCAGAAAUAUCUGCCAGAGAAAUUGAUGGCACUGAAAAGAAGGAUGAGAGUAAGGAGACAUCUUCGACUACCAAUAACCCACCGGAUGUUAAUAAUAUAUCGCAAGAAGUUUCAUUAACACCAGAAAAAGACAGGGCAGCUGCUGCAAAUGUGAGUCAUGGCGAUGAAGGAGAGAGUUCCCUGUUGGAAGUGGUUGAAGUAAAAAGGGAAGUGUGUUUUUCAGGGGAAGAUUCUCAGAAUGUGGAGGACUCCAGGGUUGAAUCUGUUUCUUCUUGCACAUAUGAUGUUAAAGAUGGUGUCAUAACAAUUUUAGAUGACAAAGUAGAGGACGACACCACUGAACCUCCAGUGUUGGAACUGCUCUGCCCGCUGUGUCGUGAAAUGCUUGCCGAACCGCUAGAGGAGCACAUCAUCAAGCACCACAUAUGUGUGUCUUUCAUUCCAGCCAAAUCAACACCUAAUUACCGUCAUCACAUGGUACUGAGAGUGAGCGAAACUUUGGAUUUGCCACCUGAACUUGUGAGUGGUGAGUGUGCGUACGUGUGUCGAAGUUGCCACUUUUCAUCAAAAGACAUCAAUGCUGUUAGGUUCCAUUUGAAUAUUCAUGAAGACAUUUACCAGGUUAGAACUGGAGUUGGUUCUUGCAGUUGUGAUCAAAAAGUCUAUUCAUACCAGUUUCACAGGUGGAAAUCAUUAAUUCAUAAUAGUAUUUAUUAUUGCGGGGCCUGUAGUUAUUAUUUUGCAUGUGAGAUUGGCUUAAUUAACCACGUAAUAGCCUUACAUUAUGUGCAGAGUAGAUGCAAAAUCUGUAAUGAAGAAAUACCUGAAAAUGAUUUUGUUGUCCACCUGGACCAUCAUAAUUCUGAUUCCAAAGGAGAAGAGGUGGAAGUCGAUCUACCUGAAUCGCAGAUGACCACACGCAGCAAAGGAUGCUAUGGUGUGUCUUGGAAUAUUUACGAUAAUUUCCUCAACUACUUGGAUGGAAAAUACUUUCGACUUAACGUUGCUAACAAAGUUGCAGAUGAAAAUCUUGACCGCAGUUACCUGACUUUACCCAUUAGAAAUGUGUUAGAUGAUGUUACUGUUCCUGACAGGGAUAAGUUAGAUCCUGCAAAAGACAUGAGGAAAUACCUGCAAGGAAAGAAAGAUAUAAAAGCAAGUGAAGGGGAAAUCAACGAGGUUUUGAAAAACUUCAGUUGGUUCGUACAAAUGCAUCUAGAGAAGAAGUCUGGGAUGAAGAAAGGGAAGAGUUCCAGCAGUCAUAGCAAAGCUAAGAAAGAAAAUGAAUUGUUUGACAUAUUAGGUAUUCGUACUGUGAAGCUGAAGAGUUCUUCAAGGAAAGAAGGUGGUUCUCCAGAUUCAACCAAAUCUGCAAAGAGGAAGAGCAUUGAAAAUAAACAGGAGUCUCCUCCAGAGGAAGGGAUUUCCGACCCUACCUCUUUGACACGCACGAGAUCUGGCAUGCAGCUGACCAAAGAUGAGAGCGAUAGUUUGAUGGGCGACUUUAUGAAUAGUUUGGCACUUGAGAGAAAUUCAGAGAUCAAUGGCGAGUGGUCCAGAGAGCACACGUACGUGUGUUGCGCCUGUGGUGCCGGCUAUUUGGACUUGGCAGAUAUGAUGGAUCAUAAAUGGGAGUGUCAUCCAUCUGUUUGGUGUGCUCAUACCAUGUUUCAAGGUCAGGACUCUGUCCCGCAGAGUUUCUGCUUACAGUUCCAACCUCCCACAGGCCGUCCUAAAAAAUCACCAGUAACAACUCCAUUAUCUCCUGUCAUGCUGGCUGGACCCUCACAGAUCAUACAAGGCACUCCAGAUCCAAAGACUGAAAUUUCAAAUGAUGAUGCCAAAGAGAAGAGUCUGAUGAAAUGUUCAAGAUGUGGCGUACUUUUUGCAGAAGUCGAACUCUUUCAUUCUCAUCUUGUUGAAUGUGGUGGUCUUCAUCAGAUGAUGGUUGCCAAGAAGAAGAAUAAAAAGGGUUUCAGGUUCAAAAGACGUAAAGGUCAGGGCAUUCCUAGUAAUCGAUAUGGUGCAAGUUCUCUCCCCAGCACUCCAUUGAAGGCCAAGCUCGGAGACAGGUCAUCUGGUCUGAACACUCCCCUCUUGGAUAAAUCCCAUUCCAGUCUAAUCCAAUCGUCGGGUGUAAAGCGACGCCUUGAGUUGGCCAUUGGAUCCAUCAACAACCAUGAGCUCAAGAAUCGACUGAAAGCUAUCAUCAGUGGGACUAAAGGAUCGUCGUCCCAUGCGCUAGGUGUUCCUGGCAGACGCACCAUAAAGAUGAAGUUGAGGAAGAAGGCUUUCGACAGUCGACUUCUGAGGAAGACGAGGCACAGUGAUAAAGUCAAAGAAGAUUCCAAUAAGGUACAGAAGGGUGAUGAAUCUAGCAAAGUGCCCAAGAGUGACGAGAAGCAAGGAACUGCCACCAAAGAUGAAAAGGGUGAUGUUGAUGGCCAACCCACAAAGAAGACUGUACAGAAAAAAGGAACAGAAGCUGGCAAGGACAAAAAGCUACAAGGUGGAGGUGAUAAAAGCAGUCAGGUGGAAGGGAAUAAGAAUAAAGUGAAGAAAUCUGGUAGUAGUAGUAAACUUGCAGGUGGGAAAAAAUCUGGGCUUGUGAACGACAGUGUUGUCAGCUCAGAGAACGUCAGUGUUACUACCUCAGUGGCAGCUGAAGUACCAGGUGAACCGAGUGUUGCCAGAAAGAAACCAAAGGGUGGCAAAAAGCUGCUUGCAGAGAAAAAGAUAAAUGGUUUGAUUAAUGUCAGUAAACAGAAGGAAACAAGUGAUACUAAACAAUUGGACUCGAGUGCUAGUGAUGUUAAAACUGUAGAUGUUAAGAAAGUUUUGGCCAAGAAAAUUUUGGCUAAGAAGAGUAAAACUAUCUCUAAUGAAAUAUCAGACACUGUAAGUGACAAAGUUAUUAACAUAGUUGAAGCAGAUAGUUUGAUAGGUAAUAAAGAAAUUUCCGUCCAGAAAAGACUAAAGCAAAAACUAAGCAAAACUGUUCCUGUGAAGAUGAAGGAAGGAGAUAAGGCAGUCCCUUCAAAGUCUGAAAAGGCAAAGAGUAAGAAGGUGAAAGGAUUACAGGAGCUCCCUAUAAAGAAAGAGUCAGUAAAGUCAAAGUCAGCAGCAGGAAAGACUUUGAAAAAUCUUGAUUUAGUUACAGAAGAAAAAGUUCCCAAGCCUCCUAAAAAGGCUAAGCAAUUGGUGCCAGUUGUUGGAGUGAAGAAAUUAGACCCUCAGACUUCAUUACCAGCAGUAGAAGUUCCAAGUCAAUUGAUACCCAAGAAAAAGGUUAAGGAAACUCAGGUGAAAGAGAAGCCCUCAGGUGCUUCUGGUGGUAAGACUAAAGUUCCAGCAAAAGCUGCCACUAGUACAGUCGUUUCACCAGCAAGGAAGAGUAGGUACAUUUCAUCCUCUUCUAGUGAGGAGAUUGACGAGGACUCGGAAGAUUCUGAGCCCGAGGUGAUCCGCAAUUUCCGAAGUGGAAGGGGUUGUACGGGAAGGUUGGGAUUGCGGAACAAGAGUCGCCCGAUGUUGUCUAGAUAUUCGUUCCGUACGUGUCUCGAGCCGACAAAGAGGGAAACACAGGAGGAAUUGAAAAUAAAAGAGGAUGUAGAAGAGCCCUUGGAGAAACCAGAGGCAAGUGAGGUGGAUAAGGCACUGAGCUCAGAUAAAGAGGAAUUGUCAGAUUCUUUACCAGUGUCAAAGAAGAGGAAGAGGAAAAUUGCAAAUUAUGAAAACCAGGAUGAUUGUGCAUAUGUACCUUAUGAAAACUCUUCUGAUUCUGAAGAUGAAGAUUACCAGGAAGAAUUUUCCGGCUCGACAAGACGUAUGAUGAUGAGAAGGCGCAAGAAACCCCAUUCCACACCUAUCGUGACUGAACUGGAAGAUGCAAAAGAUGAUGUAGUAGCAGCUGAUGUAAAACAAGAGGGUGAGACCCCAGAGUUUGUAGAUGAAUCAACUGUGCCAGUAGGAGCUGAAACUCAACCACCAAAAAAGAAGAAUCAGGGGAAAGAUGCAAAGAGGCCAAGCUUCCCUGUCAAAGCUGCCAAGAAGUAUCAGACUAAAAAGUUGAAAUUUUCCAGAAAGAAAUCUCGUCUGGUUCAAAUUCCUAAAGUAUGUAAUAGUGUUGAAAAAGUACCUGAAACAGACUCAGUUGAAGCCUCAGAGAUUGUUAGUGAAGAGAUACCUUCUCAGCAACCUAAGAAACCUUACAGCAAACGACUGAAAGGCAAGGCCAGCAAAAGUAAUCAAGAUGAAAACAUAACAGGUCAAGAAAUAACAGAGGAAUUGGGAGAAAGACUCUUUACAAAGAAGAAAGGAAAGAGCGCUUCUGAUUCAAACCUUAGCGUUUUAGUAGAGCAUUGUGAUUCAAGAACAUCAGGAAAAUCAAAACCUUCUAGGAUUGCUAGCAUUGAUCAAUCUGUAAAGCUAAUUCAGGUUAAUGUUAAGAAAGCACCAAAGAAGAAGUCAAGUGCUGCCACAGCUAAAGGUGAAGUAGCCUUGCAGCCUUCAAAUCAGGUUUGUGCAAAAGCUGAAAAUGUAAUUAGUAAAACCAGAACAGGGGGAGGACCUCAGAAGAUUAAGGAAAGGUCGAGCAGCAUUUCCUUGGGGAAUUUGUCAAGAGCAGAGAUUGUGGACAAGAAAGGUUCAAAAGCUAUAAAAAAGUGUAGCAGUUUGUCAAAUAUCCCCCAAAAUAUUAGUAAAGAUUCUGUGUCAUUGGUAGAGCAGUUCAAGAAGAGGAGUUUACCGGUAAGAUCACGAACUCUAUCUGAAUUGAGUACUAGAAGUGAAGAUGGAGUGAUUCCAGCUCUUAAGGAAACUGCAGAGACUGUGGGCAUCCAAGAGCAAAAUGAGAGAGAAGUUAAAACUAAAAAGACACCAGUGCAGAAGAGAAAGGCUUUGAAGAAUAGGAACAAAGUUUCUUUGUCCGAUAGUUUAGAAAUUCAGUCGGCUAGCUCGCAAGGUCUCAAAGACUUGGACACGUCAGUUGAUAUGCCUUUAGUAUCAUUGCCACGAGUAAGUGUAGCUGUACAGGAGAAAGACCUGACACAAGUCAAAAACUUUAAAGGAAAGGCCAAGAAAGUGGAAAAAGUAACAAAGAAACCGGUUCCAUUGAAUCCUAGCAGCAACAUGAAGCAAGUAAAUGUCAAUGACACAGCAGAAAAUAUUGUUUCACAUUCCAUAAGAAGGUCUAGACUUAGUAGAUUAAGUAGUAUGACUCCAGGCAGAGAUCAAUCCCAGAAAGCAACAGAACAACAGGUCAUUUCAAAUGAACGUCUAGUGCAGCCCGCAGAUGUAAUAGCAGAGAAAGUUCAGCUGAAAAAACAUAUUCUUAAUAAGAAGUCAAAGUGCGCUAAGAAGAGGAAAGUCAUAGAAACUGCAGCUAAUCACAAUGAAAGCGACAGCGCUCUUUGGUCACAGGAAAGUUCUUCGGUCCAAAGUGAGUCAUUUAGUUCAAGUGAUGAACUAAGUGGAGUAACAAAAAAUUCUAAGAAAAGGAAAAUUCCUGUGAAAGCAGUUGUGGGCACUGCUAAUGAGGACAAUGCAGGUGAGAAAGAAAUUCCUAGCGGUGUGUUCCUGCCUACCAAGAGAUCAAAGAAACGCACCUUGGAAGACCCCACUGGUGUUGGAGUGUUCAUACCAACCAAAAAGUCAAAGAUCACAACUGGCUGUUUAGCAGGGAAGAAAAAUUCAAAAGUCACUAAAGGACUUGCAAACAUUCUUAAAGAGAAGACCUCAAAAUACAAGAAAGUUGUGAAUAAUCAUGUGAAGAAACCUGUCAAAGGUAAAUUGCAGGCUGGUGGUUGUAAGACAGAUAGUCCGGAAAACAGAGUAAAAAAUACAGGAUCAGCUAAAGAUGUGGAAAAUGACCAAGGCUUUGACACAAUGCCAGUUUUAGAACCUAUGAACAUUGCAAGUCACUCGGGAACAGAGACAGGGUCAAAUGACAACAGCAGUGAUGACAGUGCUGGAGGAGGUGUAUCUGUGCGCGUGAAGAGACGUAGAUCAUCUGUAGAGAAAAUUAAAGACAUUCCAACCAGAUCAACAGCAAGUUCACAAGAAAAUCCUUCACCACCUCUAUUGCAUGCAUUUACUGAUGAACAAGGAAGUAUGAAUCAGGGCCUUCCAGUUGUUGGUAAGGAGACUUCUGUUCCUGAUGCAUCAUUGAAGACAUCAAAGAACCCAGCACUGAGGAAGAGACGAACACAGUCGUCUCACGAGAUUGGAGCGAAAGAACUUUCUGCAACAAGCCAGUCAGUGAACACUAGUAAUUCUACUGAAAAGGUGAAUAAAAAGAAGGGGGACUUGCCUAACAAUACAGCACCUAAGAAACCCAGUAAAAGGAAAAGAGCAGCUUCUGUUACUGGAGUAACCAAGACAGGACCAGGCAAUGUCCAAAAAACAAAGCCAGAAGAGAUUCCUGUGGCCAAAGGAACUGAUGAUGGUCUAGUUGUGGCCAAAGUCAAGAAAACAAGCCAAAAGAAGAAGAAAACUAGUAGUAGUAAAAAAGAUUUAGAUGACCCAAAAUGUCUCGAUUGUGGCCUAAGAUUUGACUCUGUUGCCUCACUGGAAGACCAUAGGCAGGACUGCAUCACAAUUGCGCUUGAGAUGAGUCUCAUGGAAGCAGAAGAUCAUCUUUUUGAGUGUCAACACUGCCAUUUGACUUUUGCUCUUAAAGGCACUCACCGACAGCACACAGCUUCUUGCCGGUUAGGAAAGUACAAAAGACCUUUACAGAAGCAUGACGGCAAGGGCCGCAGAAGGACUAGUGGGAGAGGGGCGAAUUCUCAGGGUGCUAGUGUCUCACCUCCUUUUUCAGAAAGGGCGCUGCUUUCAACCAAUGAAAAUCUUUCCAAGAAUCAUGAAGAUUUAGAUAAGAGUAAGGUUGACAGUGAAUUACCCUGUGCAUCUGCAGAUAAUUACAUAUCACAAGAUGAGCCAGAAUCUGUGGAAAAUGUUAAUGACUUCAGUGAAUCUAAGGAGCCAGAUUGUAUCCGUUCCAUUGCAGGGAGCUCAAAAUUAGACCGUGUGCAAGAAUUCUCACCUGCCAAAUUUAAAGGAUCCCCAAAGUUCCGGAGAAGAUCGAGAACCAAUGGAAAAGUUGACCAUAUAGACACUGAAGAACCUUUGUCCACCAGCAUUGCCAGUGAAGACAAAUGUGUAGUGUGUGGUUGUGAAAUAAGGGAUGAAGAUAUGUCAAAUAAGCAUUUACUUUUGGAACAGUUUGCCCAUAGUUGUCAGCAACAGCCUGUGCUAGAAGUGUGCGUGUUAUUAGCAUAUUAUAAUUUAAGUAUUGAGGCUGUAAGGUCAUUGGCUGCUUCGGCAAUAUUCUAUCAGGGUUCUACUAUUCUGAAACUAGAUGCCAAGCAACAGACCUCACCAGACUUAGAUCCAUGUCUUUCAAGUACUGAGAACAAAAGUGCUAGUCAGCUGCUGCAGAUUUUGGCUACCCCCCAUUGCAUGUGGGUGUCGUCUGUUCUAGAGGCAAUAGCAAAGCAUUAUUACUCUGUAGAGGCCGUAAGUAUUAGUGGGACACGUCAGGAAGCCCUAAAAGCGAUCACAGUUCUCGAAGAAUUGUUCAAAGAAAUUGCAAAUAUUGACAGUACAAUUCGGAAAAAUCAAAUGCUCAGGACUAUGAAGGAAACUUUUGAAGCUGGAACUCUUUAAUGAGGGUUUGUAAUAGUUUUUGUAAAUGAACGAAGGUUGUGACUCGUUUGGCAUUAAUUCUUUGUUUCUUUUUAUAGUCUGCAAGAUAUCGAUAAAACAGUUAUUGGUAGCUGCUGACAGCUGUAGUUUGGUGUUACUGUGAAAAAUAAGACACUUACCUACUACGUCCUUGUGAAAUGUAUCAGAGGAAUAUUUAUUUAUUUAUUUAUUUAUUAAAUGAAAGGAACUACAGUUGAUUGUUGUGUACUUACAUAGCAUGUCUGAUGGGAAGGUUUACAUUCAAUAUCAAAACAGACCCCCUUAAUCAAAUAAGCAAGUGUGUACCAACAGAAAAUGUAAUGAUUUCAUAGAUUUAUUAACAUUAAACAUUGCCAUUUUGGUGACUAGCAGACAGUAGUGUACAAGUGACAGAAAUAUUUGGUUGGUGUCGACUGUGGUAGUUUUGUAUAAAGGAAAAAAAUAUUUUGUAAUUGUGUUCAUAUCGAGGGUAUCAGGUUGCCAUAUGUUUGUUAUUUGCUGUCGAAAGAUGGCAGAGCAGUUCUUUGAUACACAACUCCUUUGUACCCCCUAGGAAUUCUCGAUUUUUUUUUUUACUUUUUAUAGUUUUUUAUUUGAUUCAGAGGUAUUUUGUCCAUAACGCAGUAUUAUAUACUGUGUUACUUAUAUUUGUCAUUGAUUUAAAACCAACCUUACUGCUAGACAUUUGAUAUCUUAGAAACUUGUCACUGUUCCACCAUCACCGGAAACCGAAGUACAUUUUAUGCAAAGGAUGAGCAGUUUGGGAAUGGUGAUGAUUAUUUUAUUUCUUUUGAAUACCGUACUGUAUCUAAAUGUCAUUUUGAUCUCAAAACAAAAAAGUAAGUCAAAUUUAACCUGUACAGUAUAUGCUGGUACCAGGAAGCUUCCUGACGCCAGUGCAGAUUAGUUAUGACGAAGCAGCAUGUUCAAGAGGAGGGUUUAUUUUCUUUUGUUUUGUGCCUAAAUACAUUUUAUAGAAGUACACCUCACUCAUUUAUCUGCUUCCUAUUUGACAACAGCAGCACAUCUACAGAUUAUAUUUUUUGUGUUUCUUCCUCUGUCCUGUAUUGUAUAUGUAGAUUUUGACUCCCUCAACUGUGGUUGGGGUUUCCUUCCCUCAAUUAGUUGUAAGACGUGCUGUGUGAAGUUUGUCUUUUCAUAUUAUUUAUAAAACUGCAUUUUUGUACUAAAACUGUAAUAUAAGAAUAAAUGGAAAUGCAUGGAUCAUUCAUUAUCUUAAUUAUAAUUUGAAAUAAAAAAAAUUAAAAAAUUA